AAAAUAUAUAUUUUUUUUUCCUCAGGUUAAAAACAAUUCUUUUUAUUAACGACUAACAAAAGUGUAGUGUAGUGUAGUGUAAUAAUAAUAUUAUUAAAUAUAAAUUUUUAUUUAUUAUUUUUUAAAAAAAAAAAAAAAUUAUUUACUUAAUUCUUAAUUCGGAAUGGUUUUCUGUCGUUUAAUCUUAUUGAUCCUCACCUUAAUCUCGGUAAAAUGCCAAGAUGGAUUAACGGCUCGGUGGUGCGUGAUAAAUGUAGAGGAAAAUAACAAAUGCCUGGCCAUGAGUCGGGCAUUCGGCGACUUGGGUCUGACACCUCGACUCGAAUGCCUCGUGGGGAAGGACGUGUUCGAUUGCAUGACCAAAAUAAAGAACUUCGAAGCCGAUUUGGUGAGCCUAGAUCCCGGAUACAUCUACAAAGCCGGACAGGAAUUCAGCCUGUCCCCUAUAUUAGCCGAAGUCUACGGAACGGAUAAGGGAGUCAAAAAACCGAAAUAUAAUGGAGUCGCCGUUAUAAAAGCGUCCGACAAUUCGAUCAACUCCUUAAACGAUCUAAAGAACAAAAAGAGUUGCCAUACAGCUGUUGGAAGGAGCUCGGGGUGGAUCAUUCCUAUUGGUACAUUACUAAGGAGUGGAGUCAUGGAAGUCGUCGAUUGUAAUAAUCCCGUAUUAUCAGCCUCCAAAUUUUUUAAAGCCAGCUGCGCUCCCGGUGCCAAUAACGAGACAUAUAAAAUUGGGGGCAACAAUGUUGACAACAUGUGCGAAUUAUGCGCCGGAACUGGUGAAAAACACUGCUCCACAUCGGACGACGAGUAUGCCGGAUACGAUGGCGCGUUCAAAUGUUUGAGAGAUGGCCAGGGAGAUAUAGCGUUCGUCAAGGAUGCCACACCCUUGGAAAUGACUAAAGGUCAGCUGAGAGAUGGUUUCAAGGAUACCGAUUUUAAGCUGUUGUGUCCCGACGGCCGCAAAGCUAGCAUCUUCGACAGCCAGGAUUGCUUCUGGGGAAGUUCGCCGGCACACGCGGUUAUGACGUUAUCGGGCCAAAGCGAUAAAUCUAAACAGGCCUUCAAAAAUUUGUUGCUGGAAGGUCAAAAGGUUUUCGGUGUCAACGGCUCUCAAACAGAUAAGUUUCGCAUGUUCGGACAAAGCAACAAGAUAUAUGGUCAUAAAGAUUUGCUAUUCAAGGAUUCGACAGUCGAAUUGAUUGACGUCGGAAGUCGCAAUACUUCGAAAUCGUAUUUAGGUUCUUACGCCGGCGUGGUUGAGGGGAAUAACAAAUGUAACACGGAAAUGGCCAUAUUCUGCGUUACGUCUAAGAACGAAUUGAACAAAGUCGUUCAAAUGUCUCGAGAAUUUUCGAUCAAAAAUUGGUUCCCCAAAAUCAUACCUCUGAAAGCUGAAACGCACGAAGAAUGCAUGAAGAAGAUAUCCAGCGGAGACGCCGACAUUGCUAUCUUAGAUGGCGGAGACGCCUAUUUAGCUGGAUCGAAAUACGGGUUGGUACCAAUUCUUCACGAAAAUUAUGGCGCGAAUGAUGCUUCUUACUACGCCGUGGCCGUGGUCAAAAAGAGCGAUAGCAAAAUAGAUUUAAAAAAUCUGAAGGGCUUAAAAUCUUGUCAUACCGGCAUCGACAAAACGGCUGGAUGGAACGUGCCCGUCAGCUUCUUGAUAGAUUCGAAGCAAAUAUCGUCGAAAGCGCUCAAAGACUCUGGCUGCAAUAUUCCGGAAGUAGUGAGCCAAUUCUUCAAGCAAAGCUGCGCUCCUGGAGCUAACGAUCCAAGAUUCUUCCGAAAUCCCAAAAAACCGAAUCCCGUCAAUCUCUGCGCUUUGUGCAAAGGAAAGGGAAAGGACUUUUGUGCCAGGAACUCCGCUGAACCUUUUUACGAUUAUUCCGGUUCUUUCCGUUGCUUGGUGGAGAGUGGUCCGGGCACUGUCGCUUUUAUGAAACACACAACUGUUCAAGAUAACACAGAUGGCAAUAAUCAACAGCCCUGGGCUAGAGGCCUGCAAUCUCACGAUUACGAAUUGUUAUGUAGAGACGGUACGCGCAAAGGUGUCAGUCAAUGGAAGAGUUGCUUCAUAACCAAAGUUCCCGCUGAAGUCAUGGUUGCAUCCCCCAAAAAUUGGACCAAACAGAGAGAUAUAAUAAACUUGUUCCUUAGAGCUCAGGAAAGUUUCGGAGAAAUUACUAAAUCGGACCCCAACACAUUUAGCCUAUUUAGAUCCUCUCCUAACGAAAAGGACACCCUAUUCAAGGACGAUACCACGAAGCUGGAACGAGUGCCGCCAAACAUGCAAAAUUUUCGCGAAUACCUAGGAACCGACUACAUCAAUAUGUUGAAGAAUAUCAAUUGCGGAGAGAUUCGCCCGAAGAAACAACGCGCGUGAAUAAUGGUCAUCAUCAACCGCGUACGCGGAUAUUGAAAAAGGGAUUAUUUUAUUUAAAAAAAUCAAAUUUUGAUUUAUAUAAUUCAUGAUAAUACUUAACAAACUAACAAGAAUACUUAUGUUAAUCCAUUAUUAAAAUAACAAUAUAUAUAUAUCGUAAAUAAAAUACAUUCUCUAUAAA